AUGCUGAGAACCAACUGCUAUACAAAAUGGUCAAGACUGAGACGCCUCGUUUACUCCGACCAAGAUCAGCUUCUCCUCGGCGCUUGCAGGGUCGACGGAGAGUGGAUGUGGAUCGAUGGCACCAAGUUCGACUACAAGCCCCGGGCCCGUGGAGAGUCCAUCGAUUGGCAAUACACGUCUGAGGAGGCCGAGGAGCGAUGUACACCUCUCCGCUCGGCAGCAACGAAACCUGUCCAUCCCUACCUUGGACGGUGGAACGACAACGUCUGUGAAGGAACUUACGAGGCUGACAUCUGCAAGAAGAAGCCCCACCAUAUCCACAAGAUCUUC